CAUGUUCUCACUGUCAAUGCAACGCAUCAACUGGGUGACGCCUCAAAUUAAACUGCGCAGGUAAUAUACAUCUAGAAGCAAAAAUGAAUCCCACGUUUCUGGAUGGGUUGCUCGUCUUCUUCGCGUGCCUGUGGUCCCUUACGACAGCAUCCGUGCCAUGUAUCUUUAAUAUGUGCAGGGGUUACAGCCAAAUCAGGAUAAACGGAGCCCUGCUUACCUGCUCCCGCAAGUGCUACCCCGACGACCCGGUGUCGUGCUACCAAAUGGAGUGGGACCAGGAGCCUUGCCUUAAUUUUGAUAGAGCUGACUACGGAAAGUGCUACGGAGGAGUAUGUUAUGCCUUAGAUCAUUAUGACAGAAUGGCCGCUGAAAAAGCGCCCAACACCACGUUGCCAUGCGCGCAUGGACACGAUUACUUGUAUAACAAACGUGGUCCUUUUGCCUGCCAGUUUUACUGCUGGCAUUACCCUCACCCAAUCGCUAAUCGUCCUGACGGCACACUUUGUUUGAGACCGGACACUGCAAUCAAAGGCGGAUGCUACUGGGGUAGCUGCUAUAUUGGCUACCAGCGCAGAGGUUGACUGGGUACCAACUUCAAAAUGAUAAUUCAAUGCUGAGCAUGAUGUUCUUGCGAAAUAGAACGCAACAUUCUCCCCAGAA